AAAGAAGUUCUCUCCCUUUUCACCGGAAGCACGUGCGGAUUGCUGGAAGGAUAACGAAGGAUCGUAAACAGAUUUAUUCUACAGAGCGGGGAACGUCAUACCGAAGAACGUUCAACUCCAAGCGUUAGUAGAUCAAAUAAUGAUUCCAACCAAUGGCUAAGAUUACCGGGGACCAGUGGACGAAGCUAAAGAGCUUGCUACGGCUGAGGGGCUUUGUCACUGAAAAGUCAGCGGACCGGAGGGGAUGUAUAUACAAGUUUGGUCCAGCGGGAACCCUACUGAAGAACAACAUACGACGGACAUGGUGGGACUGGGUGGUGGUGAAACAAGACUGGAAGGUGUUCCCAGUGGAGGGAGAAAUCCUCAAGUCAGAUGAUGCUUUGAGAAAAGACUUUAAAGAGGAAUGCUUGGAUCACUUUGGAGACAUUCACAAGAUGUUCAACACAACUCUUCCAUUUUCUUUGGUACAUACUGGUGAAUGUUUCAAACAGACUGCUAACAAACCACAUCAUUUCCUGUUUGACUCCAGAGAAAUGACCAAUCUUGUGUCAUUCAAUUUCUGCAGAUCGCAACUAUCAGUUCAGAAGUUUGAUCAGCUGGUGACAUCACGUUUAAUGUGGUGGCGCAAGUUUGCAGAAAACCCCUCCAGUUUUUUAGAGAGUGAAUCAAAGGAAGAGGAAAAUGUCAUCAAUAUACUGUACGAGUUUCCAUGGGGACAGGAUUCGGUGGAGGUGAUCAGGAAUCAUGGGAGCCAAUUUCUGGAAUCUUCAAGCCCUGCUGUCUUGGAGUUAAUGUCGUCCAAUCAAAACUCCAAGAACUCGGUUGAAAAUUCUCAUUCUCUUCCGUCAGUGAUCGAGUGUAAUAUGUUCUUGGAGGGAGGCAUGCUGGCAUACCUAAUAGAUGCCUACACGGAGAAAAGGACAUUCUCAUUGAACAGUGAUUCUGAGGAUAAAGGCAAAAUAGCAAGAACAGUUCUACAACUGCAUCCUGCCUUUGCCCCUUACAAUGUGUCCAUAGCUGUGACAGAGGGUAUGAACCCCACCCUCCAGCGGGUCAUCAAACACGUCAGUAAGGAGAUUCACCAGUCCAACAUCUUGUCUUUAGAUGUCAGCUCCAACAGUGACUCCCUGGAGAAUCAGUUUAUCAGGAAUGAUGAGCUGGGAAUCCCCUUCAGUGUUGUAAUAGAUGAAGACACGAUUGACAUGGCCUCUAUUGGGGUGAGACACCGAGACAGCACCCUGAAGGAGAAAAUUCACAUUACAGAAAUAAAGGACUUUAUACAGAGACAAAUCCAGUUCAUCUAGGAGCAAUGGAAUAUUCAUUUCUUUUCCAAAAAACUGAAAAUGACAGUCAAAGGAAUUGCUGAUGAAAUAUGAUUUAUACACUUGCACUGUACAUAUAAGUAUACAUCCAACCAAAUGCAUGUCUAUAGUUAUUACACUGAAUAAUUAUAUAUCGGUACAUGUUGCAUAUAUUAAAACAGUAACAUGCUUUCUUUGGUGAUUCAUGUGGGUAUAGUUAUCUAGCCUUGCAGAAUGAUACAUAGCUUGCGUUAGCAGGCUGUGUAAAUUCUUCUGCAAUGCUUGAUAUAUACCUUCAUGGCCCCCCGUAGAUCACAAAAAAAAUCAUUUUACUGUUUAUAUUUACAUCUAUCUCUGAAUCAUAAAAUCAUUAUUUGUAAUAAG